UUCCCUUUAGUGCCCCCCAAAGCCCCGUAUCGUCCCCAAUGGGUUCGCCAGCAGUUGGCAAGGGUGUUUGUAAUUCAGGAGCAGAUAAUCAAAGUCAUACAUCACAAACAAGUGCAAAAAAGACCAACUCUAAACAACCCGUAAAAUAUUCUAGUCUUAAUAAAGAUACAUUGUCGUCUGCGACUAUAAACAUUACAAUGAACCCAUAUAAUGCGGAAAUAAGUGACGAAGAGGUCUGGAAAGUAAAUCCAUGUCAUCCAAAUAUAAGUUUAAAAAGUAGUUUACAGUUGUUAGAACAGCAAAGGAAGAAAACACCCGAACAGACCGCAAAACCAUUCAUGGGACAGAGUGCUUUAGAAAUGAGAUCACCUGAAACCCGACGGAAAAGAAAUGGAAUCGUUACAAACCCUACUUACAAAGCCAAGGGGAUAAAUUCUGUGUUUUAUAUCGGAAUGUCAACUAACGGAGGUCACGAAGAUGAAUCAUUGUCACUAAAGAAUGAGUUCUCAGAAUCACCAUUUCAUAAAUGUGAUAACCCAGUGACAAACUCCUUCUCAGUGGCUCAGAGAGCGGGUGGAACAACUACUUUACUUUACCUGUACUUCGUCUAUAAUUACUGGAGACCAAACAUUACUGCCGAUAUCCUGACUUAA